UGUCUAACGGUCGGUUGUGAAAUCGAAAAAGGAAAAUUCAUUGGCAACUGUACUUCGGGGCCAGUAUGCGAAAGCGAAAAAAGUUUCUCAGAUACUAGAGCAGCUAACAGUUAUUUAGAUUAGUCGAGUCUAGUCUGAGUCUAGUCUGAGUCUAGGUCUAGAUCCAGAUGGCCACAGGCAUCGAGCUGAUGGUGGCUGCCGCGCUGUGCCUGGCCUGUCCGCCGAUGAAUAAUACGCUGCCUGAGGAACUAAUACUACUGGACGAGUUCGGCAGCGUGGUGACAGAUGUGCCCCUCGAUGUGCACGCGGAGAACGUGGGUUUGGAUGAAGAGACGCCCAUGGAAACGCUCGAGGUGUUGCGCAACAAGCGGGAGAAACUGCGCAACAUGAAGGCCUGGAUCAAUGGCCGGCAUCUGCGCAUAGCCACGCUCGAGGACUACCCUCUGAGCUACACCGAAGUGCUAGAGAAUGGCACUCGGGUGGGUCAUGGCGUCUCCUUCCAGAUCAUCGAGUUCCUUCAAGAGAAAUUCAACUUCACCUACGAAGUGGUUGUGCCCCAAGACAACAUACUUGGUUCGAAAGUCGAUUUGGAUCGCAGUCUCAUUGAAAUGCUCAACAAUAGCGAGGUGGAUAUAGCUGCUGCCUUCAUACCCUCUCUUUCGGAGCAGCGCAGCUUUGUCUUCUACUCCACAACGACUCUGGAUGAGGGCGAGUGGAUCAUGGUGAUGCGAAGACCGCGAGAGUCGGCCGGGGGUUCUGGCUUGCUGGCGCCAUUCGAAUUUUAUGUCUGGAUACUCAUUUUCGUCUCCCUGCUGGCCGUCGGACCCAUCAUCUAUAUGCUCAUCAUAGUCCGAAAUCGCCUCACAGGCGAUACAAAGCAGCAGCCGUACUCCCUGGGCCACUGCGCCUGGUUCGUCUACGGCGCACUCAUGAAGCAGGGCAGCACCCUCUCCCCCAUCGCAGACUCGACACGCCUCCUCUUUGCGACUUGGUGGAUUUUUAUUACGAUUUUAACCUCUUUUUACACGGCCAAUUUGACGGCGUUUUUGACCCUCUCGAAAUUCACUCUGCCCUACAACACGGUCAACGAUAUUCUAACGAAGAACAAACAUUUUGUUUCCAUGAGGGGAGGAGCCAUUGAGUAUGCCAUUCGCACUACGAAUGAAUCCCUAUACUUGCUAAAUCGAAUGAUUCAGAACAAUUAUGCCGUGUUCACGGAGACCUCGAAUGAUACGUACAAUCUGCAGAACUACGUGGAGCGGAACGGAUAUGUGUUCGUGCGCGAUCGACCUGCGAUUAAUAUAAUGCUGUAUAGGGAUUACCUGUACCGUAAGUCGGUCAGCUUUAACGAUGAGAAAGUGCACUGUCCGUUCGCCAUGGCCAAGGAGCCGUUUUUGAAGAAGAAGCGAACCUUUGCCUAUCCCAUUGGCUCGAACCUCAGCGAGCUUUUCGACCCCGAACUUCUCAAUCUGGUAGAGUCUGGCAUCAUCAAGCAUCUGUCGGCCCGGGAGUUGCCCAGCGCUGAGAUUUGCCCACAGGAUUUGGGCAGCACGGAGCGGCAGUUGAGGAACGGAGAUCUGAUGAUGACCUACUAUAUAAUGCUGGCCGGCUUUGCCACCUCCUUGGUCGUCUUUACCACAGAGCUGCUGUUCCGCUACAUCAAUGCCCGCCACGAGGCCAACAAGUGGGCGCGGCACGGCAUCGGUCGCUCGCCCAACGGGCAGUCCGUCAAGCCGUCCAGGUGGCUGCGCGGCCUGCGACGGUUGCACAGUGGCGAUAAGCAGCUGCUGGGCUCGUCCACACAUGCCCAGAAUGUGACGCCACCGCCUCCGUAUCAGAGCAUCUUCAAUCAUGGCGGGGAGCACCAGUGGCAUCAGGCGGGCAAGGGGCACGGCCUGGUUCUGGGUGGCAACCAGAACGGAGUGCGACGCAUGAUUAAUGGCCGGGACUACAUUGUCUUUCGCAAUGCGAAUGGCCAGAGCCAACUGGUGCCAGUCCGGUCGCCAUCGGCAGCUCUGUUCCAGUACACCUACACGGAGUAGCCAAGCUGAGAGGAUGAGGAUGAGAGAAUAGGAAGAUGAAGAAGAGACGACUUUUUCUAGCAAACGAACACAAUUUGAUGCACUUCAUCACAAUCACAAUUAGCUCGAAUGCAUAGACGUAGACAAUGUUUUGGUCCAGUUUUAACAGUCCUCUAGAUAGAUUUAAGAUACAUACUACAUAUGUGCGAGGUGUGCUUAAAGAGUACAGAGAAGUUCAGGUAAUUACCUUUCAGCACAGCUCGUAGAUUAAGAGAGUUACAGAAACUUUGACGUCUUUUGUGGGAGAAGACUAAAUAUAAAAGUAGAAGCGAAAGAAGUAGGUCUUAUAUGGAAAAUGUAGGAACUAAAUGAUAGAUACGAAUUAUGA